GCCGGUUUCGCCGGAGACGAUGCUCCGCGUGCUGUGUUCCCUUCCAUCGUCGGACGUCCUCGUCACCAGGGAGUCAUGGUUGGUAUGGGACAGAAAGACUCGUACGUUGGAGAUGAAGCUCAGUCAAAGAGAGGUAUCCUCACGCUGAAGUACCCUAUUGAGCACGGAAUUGUCACGAAUUGGGAUGACAUGGAGAAAAUCUGGCAUCACACUUUCUACAACGAACUUCGUGUUGCUCCAGAAGAACAUCCCGUCUUGUUGACUGAGGCUCCACUUAAUCCGAAAGCUAACAGAGAAAAGAUGACGCAAAUUAUGUUCGAAACAUUCAACACUCCUGCCAUGUAUGUGGCUAUUCAAGCUGUGCUUUCUCUGUACGCUUCUGGACGUACUACCGGAGUCGUCCUUGAUUCAGGAGAUGGUGUUACUCACACUGUUCCCAUUUACGAGGGAUAUGCUCUACCUCACGCCAUUCUUCGUUUGGAUCUGGCUGGACGUGACUUGACUGAUUAUCUGAUGAAGAUCCUCACUGAACGCGGAUACUCCUUCACCACAACAGCUGAGCGAGAAAUCGUUCGAGACAUCAAGGAAAAGCUGUGCUACGUCGCACUCGAUUUCGAGCAAGAGAUGGCCACCGCCGCCUCAUCCUCAUCCCUGGAGAAGUCUUAUGAACUUCCUGAUGGACAAGUCAUUACUGUAGGAAACGAGCGAUUCCGUUGCCCUGAGGCUCUCUUCCAGCCUUCCUUCUUGGGUAUGGAAUCAGCUGGUAUUCACGAGACCUCAUACAACUCGAUCAUGAAGUGCGACAUCGAUAUUCGUAAAGAUCUGUAUGCUAACACUGUAUUGUCCGGAGGAACUACCAUGUACCCUGGUAUUGCUGAUCGUAUGCAGAAGGAAAUCACUGCCUUAGCCCCUAGCACGAUGAAAAUCAAAAUCAUUGCUCCCCCAGAGCGCAAAUACUCCGUAUGGAUCGGUGGAUCAAUCCUUGCCUCCCUGUCCACCUUCCAACAGAUGUGGAUCUCGAAACAAGAGUACGAUGAGUCCGGCCCCUCGAUCGUUCAUCGCAAAUGCUUCUAA